GAGAAGAGGAGAGGGGAGGGGAAAAGAGCUGCGAUCCCCGCCAUUUUGUUUGGGCCUUGACUUGUGUUCCUCCUGCUGGAGGAGAAGUGCACUUUUCUGCUGGAAUAGUAGAAAGUAAUCAGACCUCGGACUGGCCACCUGACAUGGUUAAAGUAGAAAUGGACGGCAAUCGUGGUCACAUGGAUAACGAAGGCUCACAUGAAGCAGAACACACAAGGAAGCUUUUCAUUGGUGGAUUGGAUUAUAGAACAACAGAUGAGUCCUUGAAAAAAUUUUAUGAACAAUGGGGAGACAUAGUGGAUGUUGUAGUCAUGAAGGAUCCCAAAACCAAAAAGUCCCGUGGUUUUGGCUUCAUUACAUACGCAAGAGCUGCCAUGGUAGAUGAGGCUCAGGCGCACCGGCCCCACCGCAUUGAUGGUAGAGUGGUUGAACCUAAGAGGGCUGUGCCCCGAACUGAAAUUGGCCGGCCAGAAGCAGGUGCAACAGUAAAGAAGUUGUUUAUUGGUGGACUCAAGGAAGAGAUGGAUGAAGAUGAUAUCCGUAAUUAUUUCAAACAAUUUGGACAAGUGCGGACUGUAUCCAUUGUCAUGGAUAAGGAAUCUGGGAAAAAGCGAGGCUUCGGUUUUGUCGAAUUUGACGACUAUGAUACUGUUGACAAGAUUUGCUUGCAGAGGAAUCACUCACUGCGAGGGAAGCACAUUGAUGUGAAGAAGGCCCUCAGCCGGCAAGAGAUGGCAGACAUGCAGUCCCGCGGCAGUCGAGGGGGUGGCGGCGGCGGGGGCGGCGGCAGUGGUGGCGGCGGGGGCGGCGGUCCAGGAAGGGGGGGCCCAUCGGGAGGCUCUUGGGGCGGCAACCGCGGCGGCAACGACUGGAACCAGGGCAACCAAGGCUACAGCGGUGGAGGCGGUGGCGGCGGCGGCGGCUGGGGAGGCAACGGGGGCAACGGUGGCAACGGCCCGUGGUCCAACCAAAACCAAGGCGGCGGCGGCGGCGGUGGCUGGAACCAGGGUGGAGGCGGCGGAGGCGGCGGCUCUGGAGGCAACUGGAACAACGACAACUUCGGGGGCAGCUACCAGCAGAACUACGGAGGAGGACCGGUGCGAGGGGGCGGCGGCAACUACGGAGGAGGACGGCCUGCGCCCUACUCGGGUAAGGGUGGUGGCGGAGGCAGCAGUGGCAGCGGAGGCGGUGGCGGCGGUGGAUAUGGAGGCAACCAAGGUGGCUAUGGUGGAAACCAGGGUGGCUACGGAUCCAAUCAAGGAGGCCACGGCGGCGGUAGCGGCAGCUACGGAGGCAACCAGGGCGGAGGAGGCGGCGGAGGUGGCUAUGGAGGUGGGCAAGGAGGGUAUGGUGGUGCCAGAAGAUAUUAAGGCCACUCGAAUAACCACACCAGGUUCCUUCUACAGCCUGCAUACAGUUAUGGUACUGUAGGGCUUUCUGGUCAGGGUUGGAUUAGCCAAGUCAGAUGAACGAUCCGAUCCACUUGAAGAUGAGCAGUUGUUUGCCAGAUUUGGCAGAUUUGACCUUAGUGAAGGACUAUAUUUGUGUUCGUGUGACUAUGCGUGUUACUCAGGAAUUUUAAGUUUUAGGACUCAACAGUAUUGUGCGAAUUUUGCAUUGAAUCUAAUUCAAAUCUUGUUGAAAGUGUAAAGUGACACAUUCAAAUGAAAUCAACUUACCAUUAGAAUUGAGGUAUUUUAACCAUUUACAGCAAUCAUGAGAGUUGUGAUUAGGGAACACUAUUGAUUUAGGUAGAUGAAGUGGUUUCUGCUUAAACCAUGACUUUAGCAAAUAAGAUUGUAAAGCCUGUCUUAAUCACAAUUUUAAAUUAAUUCUGGUUGUCAGGAGGAUCAAACACUAGGCAUGAACUGUAAUUUUGUACUUCCCUAAUGAAAUAAAACCACCCAUUCUCCACUAAAUCAGGGCCCCUUAACUUUUACAGACUGAACAUGCCUCAGUUCUUUAUUUAGGUGACUAAUCAUUCCGUUUGUAGGAGUUUUAUGUACAAUUUUCUGUAAUGCAAGAUGCCACUGAUCUGAUGUUAGUGUCUCUAUGAAGGUAUAUGUUAAGAAUCGGCGGAAGGUUUUAUGUAUUUAUUGAUAUCUUAAAGAAAUGUAGUAAAGUAAAUAUGAAGGUUU